CACACACCCAGCAAAGUCUGCAGUCUUAUUUCCUUUGCACGUCCCCACCUCAAAGCAGAUAGAUGACUCAAUUCAACUAUACAGCCUCUACAUGUGCAGCUUAACGGAACAUGUGGCACUUCAAGGUUUUCAGUGUGAUAUAUUUCACCGCUGUUUGUGCAACUGCGGAUCCUGUCACCGAUGACUAUGACGACGCAACUACUGUCUACUCUGCAACGGUGACGCCAACUGUCUACCAAGCUCCCACACCAUCUCUGCUAUUACAGUCAUCUUGGUCGGAUGUGUUCCUCUCUGAGAAAGUGGAGUUCAGCUGUAAUGUCAGCGGCAGCUCUGACUGGACCUUCACCUGGCACAGAGAUGGAAACAAAGUACAAGAUCCAGACCCAAAUUUGUCUUUUGCGGGACCACUGCUCACAAUCACUGCAUCACGAGCAUAUGCUGGAAACUAUGCCUGUAAAGGUCAUCACAAAACAAAGGGUGUUGACACUGAACUUAGUAAUUUAAUUGAACUCAAUGUUGAGGGAAACAAGCCCAAGCCCACUGUGGUUCUAACUUCAGGGUUUAACAAGAUGUUCCCAGGAGAGUCUGUCACCUUCAAAUGCAUGGUCGAUGUGUCCUCUGGAUGGAAUUAUCUGUGGUACCAUAAUGGAAUUGAAAUUGAAGGAUCUCAUGAUACUGCGUACACCAUAGAUGCUAUAGAUCAUCGUAAGAGUGGACAGUACCACUGCAAGGCCAAAAGAGGCAAAGGCCCAUUCAUCACAGAGCAGAGUGACACAAUAACUCUGCUGGUUUCUAACCCAUCAACACCGACUCUGGAGUUCCUGCCACCGUGGUUGGAUCUAUUCAAAUCUGAGAGAGUGGAGAUGAGAUGUAAAGUAGACAGCGAUGACUGGAAGUCCUUCUGGUACAGAGAUGGACAAAAGAUCCAAGAGGGAGAAUCAACUCUCAUCAUCACUUCAGUUUCUCAAACCGAUAAAGGAGUCUAUACCUGCAAAGCUCAGCACAAAUCCAGGAGUGUCAUCUCUGAAAGCAGCAACUCAGUUAAGGUCACAGUUUAUGACAACAAACCCAAACCAACGGUAAACAAGAAUCCUCCUUUAAACCCGAUGUAUGUUGGAGAAAAAGUGAACUUCACUUGCAAAGUUGCUGUGUCCUCUGGCUGGAAGUAUGUAUGGUACAAAGAUGGAAAAGAGCUCACUCACACCACGGAAAUCAGCAGCAUCCAUCUUUCUGAUGGGGGGAAGUACUCAUGCAAGGCCAUCAGAGGUGGAAUAACAUCAACGGUGCGCAGUGAUGAGAUGACUCAAGAUGUUCUUGAAAUUCCCAUUCCAACUCUGAAGCUUAAGACCCCAUGGUCGGAUGUGUUCCCCACUGAGAAUGUGGAGUUGACAUGCCAAACACAGAGCGGUUCCGACUGGACAUAUACGUGGUACAGAGAUGGUCGUGAUAUCCAGAAAGAUAAUACUGUGUCUUUUGACUCGGUUGGAGGUACUCUUUCCAUCAGCUCUGCUUCAGUUUCACAUGAAGGACAAUACCAGUGCAAAGGACAUCUCAGCGGCAGGUCUGUCAGCAGCACUUUUAGUUCUGGACUUGCUUUCAAAGUAUAUGAUAAGAAACCCAGCGUCAAUCUGACACAAGAUCCAGAUUACAAGGUGAUGUUUCCAGAGGAAGCAGUCUCUUUCAACUGUGACAUUAAUGUCUCCUCUGGAUGGGAGUACCUAUGGUUAAGAGAUGGCAUUCAACUCCCCGAAUCUUCAAAGAAGUAUACGAUCAACUCUGUUGCAAAAACAAAUAGCGGAUCAUAUACAUGCAAAGCAAAAAGAGGAAAGAGUCAAGUCUUCGUUGCCUCUCCUAGUCCCGCUGUACACCUUGAAAUUAAAGAGAAAAAGCCUAAACCCUCAGUGAUUCAACAGCCAAAUGAUCACAAGGUGUACAAUGGAGAGUCAGUGUCCUUCACAUGUACACUUGAAAUCUCAUCGGGUUGGGAGUAUUCCUGGUACAAAGAUCAAAAGCAAUUAAUUGACAACAAUAGACAUUUUAACAUUUCUCAUGUCACUUCACUGAACAACGGGACCUAUACGUGCAUGGCCAGAAGAAAUAAAAACAACUUUACUACAGAGCAGAGUGAUGGACGAAUCUUAAAUAUACAUGAAAUCCCUGUUCCAUUGUUGAAGCGAGGCAGCAUGUGGUUGGAUGUGUUCCCUGAUGAGAGUAUAAGUUUGAUCUGUGGGAUGAAACAGGUCAGAGAUGAAUGGACGUAUAAAUGGUACCGAGACCGUAAGGACAUCAAGGCUGAUGAUGUUGUGUCUUUUGACGAGGAUGGAACUACUCUGUCCAUCAGUUCUGCUUCGAUCUCACACCGUGGACAAUACAGCUGCUCAGGAAAAUUAAAGAGCAGGCCUUUCCAAAGCUCCCACAGUCCUGUAGUAACACUUCAUGUCUACGGUACAAAACCCAGUGUCAUACUGAUGCAGACUCCCGACUACAAUUUGAUGCACACUAGAGAUGAAGUCUUCUUUAGCUGUCACAUUAAUGUCUCUUCUGGAUGGGAGUAUAUUUGGUACAAAGAUAACAUUAAACUUCCUGGAAAUGAAAACAGUUAUGUCAUCAAUUCGGUUGUGACGGCAAACACUGGAUCAUAUCAAUGCCAAGCUAAAAGAAGAAGUGAUAAAGACUUCUUCACAGGCUUGACUCAGACCAGGCUUAAGGUUGUUGAACGCCCAAGGGCAACUAUAGUCCUGUUAACUGGCUGGUCAGAGGUCUUUUCCACUGACAGCCUGAUACUCAAAUGUGAGGUGCAGGAAAGCCGGGACGUGUGGAACUACACAUGGUCUAAAGCGGGGAAACAAGUCAGUCUGUCGUCCUCUGAGAAAUAUGUAGUCACACCCCAGAAUAACCCUGAGCAGGGUUCAUACUCGUGCCAGGGUUUACGCACCGAGAGACCAUCUUACUCCGAAGACAGUUCUUCUUUUGCAACAAAGAACCUUCUUUUGAAGAGGAGGGUGCUUCUUUCCAUCUCGGGCUGUCUCUUCUUUGGCAUGAUUGCUGUCGUCAUUGGAUGCAUUGUCCUCAGAGUCACCCGCAAACCAGUGAAGGGUGACGAUAAGCCGGACGAAACUGAGCUGUUUCUCACCAUGGCUCAACUGAAGGACCGUGGCGAUGCACCCUGCCCAAUGGUUGAGUACAUCACGGAUGAAGCCCUGAAUGCUCCAUCGAAAGAAGGGGAUGAGAAAGACCCGAUUUCCAGUGAAUCAACAUCACUGCCAAUAACCUCAGAGGAGGACCAAGCUGCGACGGCUGAGAGCCUUGACACAGCAGAAAACAACGGUGGGCUGGUUUCCUUUAAACAAUGACUCAUUGAGGAAGUAGUUGCUUCAUUUUAAACUUGCAGCAGCUACAUGAAACUUUAAUUGUUGUUACGCACCAGAACAUUUUUUGGAUGUAUGAAAAGUGGAGAAAUAAUCUGUAAUGCCUACCCCUAGCGAGAGAAAAAAAGCAAAUGUUGCUAUGUUUGCACAAAUCUUAAAGUACAGUUGAUGCUGUUUAGGAUUCUAUCAUGAGUUUUAAUAGUUACAGUAGAGGUAUCCUCUUAUGACCUUUGUGAACAAGUGGAAUAUUUGAGCCAUUGGUGGCACUAGCUGAAAAGUCAAAUAACCACAUUCACCAUUAUUACAAAUUUCUUUGGGAUCUAUCAAAUACUUGUUGAGAUAGUACCCUCUUGACCAAAAUGCUGGACCACCAUCGGAUUGAUGUGAUCAUAUAACUGUGUACUGUUAUUCUGUACAAAAUAUUACUUGGUUGCACAAUGAUGUUUAGAAUUGUACAUUCUUUUAAUCCACAGCACUGUAUUGAUACAUUUACUUGAGGCACUGUUCAAAUAUGAAACAUUAUUACAUAUACAUUGUUAGCUUUCAUAUAAAUCAAUGGCAGUUAUAGUAUUGAACAUAUGUGUUUACCUGUAGGAAUUUCUCCUUCAGUUAGUGUUUCAAUUCCUAGAACAAACACCAGAUGUCAGUAGAUACAAGAUGUUCUUCUCCAAAGCCUACUUAAUGCUGUAAAUGGUUCUACAAUUAAUGUUUUUGGUUUGUUAUUCUGAAGUGACCAGUUUGAUAUAACAUGUUUGUAAAUAUGUUUAUACAGUGAGUAUAAUGCUAUAGAAAUGCCAUUCAGACAUAUUCUGUCUGCCUAUGAAAUUAUCAAAAUAAAAAAUACAAAAUGUU